AUGUCGAGUGUGCGAACGAGGAGGCAAGCGGCUGCCAUCGCUACACCAGUAACACCUUCACCAGCUCCUCGAGAGGAGCAAGUCGUCAUGAAUGGCAAUGGGAAGGCUCACGGGUCUGCCAAGGAUGAUUACCCAAGAGAAAACAUCUUCCUCUUCUGGCCAAACCUUAUUGGAUAUGCUCGAAUCGUCCUUGCAUUUGCGUCCCUAUACUACAUGCCACUGCAUCCGCGAACCUGCUCUGGCCUGUACAGCGUUUCCUGCCUCCUCGAUGCUCUCGAUGGAUAUGCCGCGCGGUACUUCGAGCAGUCUACAAGAUUUGGGGCGGUUCUUGAUAUGGUAACUGAUCGCUGCACCACUGCCUGUCUGCUGGUCUUCCUGGGUUCCGCGUUUCCUCGCUGGGCUAUCAUUUUCCAAGGCCUUAUCUCCUUGGACUUAGCAAGUCAUUAUGUUCACAUGUAUGCGACUCUUGCUAUGGGAGGUUCGGACACAAGUCAUAAGGCCGUCGACAAGAGCAGGAGCUGGAUCUUGAAUCUAUAUUACACAAACAAGACGGUGCUUUUUAUUUUCUGCGCUUUGAACGAGGUCUUCUUCAUUGCUCUCUACCUCCUAUCCUUUUCGUCGCCUUUCCUAUCACCGUCCCUCCUUCAAGUCACGAACAAUGGAACGAGCGGGACGUCCCUCGAACCUGGAAGCCCUGCUCAGCCUGGAGCUUCCCUCUUCCUCAACCCACACAGUGCGGCUGCAUUGGAAUUGGCACGAGCGAACAAGAUGGAUUCUUUCGUGCCCUGGGUGAUUGCUGGUGUCAGCUUCCCAAUUAUGUUCAUGAAGCAAUUCAUCAAUGUGGUACAAUUGGUUAAAGCUAGUAGGUGGUUGGCCGAAGGAGACAUUGCGGCAAGAAAAGCAGCUGGGCUGCCAAGAAAGCGCAAGAUGAAGUAA